GCGGGACGCUGACGUACAAAGCAACGUGAGUGAGGUGCGAGGGCGGCACCCGCGCCGGGGAACCCAGCUCGGCGCGAACCGCGGCGGACCAGACCCAGCUCUCAGGCUGCCGAAGCCCCGCCCUUUAGGCUUGAGGACUAAUCGGAUUGAAAGCGCGCCGGCCCCGGGCCGCGAACUCUCCAAUUGUGGAGGGUGUCGGCCACCGCCCAAUCCGAAGCAGACAGGUGCGAGGUCCGGAAGGCGGAGGCCAAUCAGCAGCGGUUGCGGCCUGUUGGGGCCGGUCUCUGCCAAUGAGGAGGGCCGAGUGACAUCUCCACGCGCCAAUCGGGAGUGAAGGAUCGUUCGUGCCCGCCCACCCUUCCGGCCCGAGCUCUAUUUACCAGGGGCGUGCUGCCGGCCUGCCAAUCAGAGUGCGGCUCAGAGGCCAGGCAGCCAACCCGGGAGGAGCGGCCGGCCGGCGUCCGCCGCACCCAGGAGUUGGGGAUGUCCUACAAGCCCAUCGCCCCCGCCCCCAGCAGCACCCCCGGCUCCAGCACGCCUGGGCCCGGCACCCCGGUCCCGACAGCUGGAAGUGUCCCAUCACCAUCGGGCUCUGUGCCGGGAGCCGCUGCCCCUUUCAGACCACUGUUUAAUGACUUUGGACCUCCCUCCAUGGGCUAUGUGCAGGCAAUGAAACCACCUGGCGCCCAGGGCUCCCAGAGCACUUACACCGACCUGUUGUCUGUCAUAGAAGAGAUGGGCAAAGAGAUCCGGCCCACCUAUGCUGGCAGCAAGAGCGCCAUGGAACGCCUGAAGAGAGGCAUCAUCCAUGCCCGGGCCCUCGUCAGAGAGUGCCUGGCAGAGACAGAGCGGAACGCCCGCACGUAACAGGACUCGACUCCACCUCAGCUUCUGGACCUUUCCUGGCCACUGCAGAGCACCUGCUUCUCCCUGGCCUUCACCCCGAGUUGCACUUCCCGUCCUGGGCUUCCUGUCCUGUGUCCUUUGGUGGGUACCCUCCAGGAACCAGUGGGGUGGCUCUUAACUCCAGUCGGCAGCACUAACUGGAACCCCCCGAAAGAGUUAGCAGCGAGGUCACUGUGAGUCUCACCCAUGACCUGCCAACAGUGUUGAUCCAACUGGAGCUGUCUCCUUUCUGUGGCCUCCACCACUCAGCACUUACCCAGGACUUUUAUCUACUUUGCCCAGACCCCUUCUCCCCCAGCAGGGCCUCAGAAGGCCCAUGGCCUCCCUGCCUUUUCUCCUGGGCCAUAACAACUCUUUUCUCAGUGUGUCUUUUGCUAAAUAUGCCCUUUUUAUAUAAAUAAAAUAUAAUUUGGAGUUGUUCUCUCA